GUACCUCUGGCCAGAAGCAGACACCCGGCUGAGAGGGGCUGGUGCCCGAGGCAGGAAACCCAUGUGGGGCGGCCGCUCCUGUCCAGGUGAGAUGGGGUCAGUCCAUGCCCUUCCCACCCGCCCUGGGCCCUAUUCAGUAAUCUUCUGUGUUGUCCGGCCUGGGCAGUGGCCACAGCUGGAGAGAGGGCAGGUCAUCGGGAUGAGGAGGGAGCGAGGGUGAUGUCAGGGAGCCCCCUGUGAGCUUGCCUCUGGGUGUGAUCCUCCAGUUCGGGCUCUGCCUGGCUGGCUGGGUGAUCUUGGCCACACCUCCUUCCCCUCUCUAUGCUUCAUGUAGAAAAUGAGGGGACCCCUUUCUGCACAGGAGGCUGUGAGAGCUCUCGCUGCCGGUUGGGGGCUGUUAGGAUGAGAAGACUUCACAGGGUGUGGCAGGACUGUCACGGCUGAUGGACCCGGCUGCUCCUCACUCCACCGCCCCUCCCGGGCCCUCCUGGAUUUGGGGUGAGGGUGUCCAGGCUUGUCUUGGCAGCAGCAGCUGAUUGUUCUCUUCGGACCCCUCCCUGGCAAUGCCAAGUCCAUGGGGCCGGCAGAUUCUGCCCCAAAACCUGUCCAACCAGUUGUUUGGGAGGAGGGGGCACCUGGGAGGGGCAGAGGAGGUGCCAGAAGCAGCCUCCCCAAGCCCAGCCCAGGAGCCCAGGAGCUCGGAGCUCUGGACGCUGCAGACAGACCCUCUGACAAACAGUUGGACUUGGCGGGCCAUGGGGCUCAGCCGGGGACAGUCUGGGCUGCUGAUGCCACCGUUGCUGCUGCUGAUCUGCCUGCCGCUGGGGACAGGCCUGGAGCGCAUCAGCUAUGUGCCCCAGCUCUCAAGUGCCACUCUCGCGGGGACACGCACGCAGUCCACCUUCACGCUGGAGCAGCCGCGAGGCCAGUUCAGUCGCCUCAACAUCUCCGACUUUGACCCCAUCUGGCUGGUGGUGGCCCAGAGCAAUGCCUCCCAGAGCUUCAUCGCCCCGCAGAGGGUGGAGGACAGCCCAGUCCCUGCCGCCUUCCCCCAGAAGGGCUACUACCUCACGCUGAUGGCCAACCGGGCGCUCUAUCCGGGUAGCCAGCCUGGCAACCAGCUCCGGGUCCUCCGUGUGGGCAAUGACACUGGCUGCUCCCCAACCACAAGGGGCUGCAACCACCCCCUGCCAGGCCCAGGGCCCUACCGAGUGAAGUUCCUGGUGAUGAGUGACAGAGGACCCGUGGCUGAGACAGACUGGUCCAGCGACACCCGUCUGCAGCAAGCCGAGGCACUCCAGGCUACCCCAGGGCUCCGGAGCGCGGGCACAGUGGUCAUCAUUGCCGUCCUGUCAGUGCUGCUGGCGGUCCUCCUCACGGCCCUCCUUGGCCUGCUCAUCUACACCUGCUAUGACACCUGUGGGAGCACCCCCAUUUCGGGACCAGGGGAGUUGGCGUUCAUGAGAAGAUAUAACCCCCACCACAUGUUCAGCCGUCCAGCUGUGGGGGGCUCCUGAGCGGCUCCAGGGGGUUCCCAUCUAUCCCUCAACCUCCUCCCUGGUCCAGGCUGCAGAGCCCGGGCUGGGAGCAUGCCCUGCAGCUUCUAGACCUCAGAAAUAAAUGUCCCUGGCACCCCCCUGUA